GAUGAGGAAAACUUCCCAGACUCUCUUGGAGACUAUUAUCCACCUGCUGAGUUAGCUAAGUAGCAUUACCACUCUUUGGGGCCCGCCGCUCCGGUUGUGGCCGUGGUGACCUCUCAGAUCCUCGCCGCCCCCAUCGAACAUCGCGCGGGGACCCUCGAGACGCUCGCCCACGCAGGCUCCUCGCUCGGACGUACCCGCGACGUGCGCACAGCCUACGCAGAGACGCGCUCAGCCCCCGGCCCCAAGCCGGGUAUCCAGUGCAGCGGGCUCGGGAAACCUCACCCACGCGCGAGGUGACCACACUGCUGUUGCCAUGGAGACUGAUGGCGUUCCAGUUGCCCUGGUGACAGAUCCCUUCCCUUCCGGCCCGAGUUCUAGGGACUUCAGUCAAACACUCCCCUCUCAUUGAUGCUCCCCCUCCCCCGCCUUGUCUUUUUCUUUUCUGGCCCUUCCCCAGGUCAAGCCAGAACUCGUCUGCGAGGGUCCCCAAAUAGUACACUUGCGAGCAAGGCCUUUCAAUUAGCUCCUGCAGCCCGGCUCAUCCACACCAACAGCACUCCUUCCAGGGGGACCAGGAAAAGAUCCUAAGGAUUUAUAACUACCGAGCCUAAGUCCAGAGAUGGAAGCAGACGAGGUAACAGAAGAGCCUCAAACCAACAUGAAUGCAAAGGAGCACCCCUCGUCAAAGGACCCCACUGCUGAAGACCAACAGGAGCCUUCUAUCCCUGAAACUCUCCAGGAGCCUUCUGUCUCCCAGAUGCCUUUAGAGCAACAUGCCUCUGAACCUCAAUUUGAAACAUCUACUUUCCUGAUUCCUGAGAUCCAGGCCUCUGAGGGCCACCUAAGGCCUUCUGUCUUUGAAACUCCUUUAGAGCCUUUUGAACUUUCCUUGGUGUCAUCCACUUCCCAGAUCCCCUUAAAACCUCACACCUCUGAAAGUCUUGUGAAGCCUUCCCUCUCUGUGGGUUCUUUAAAAGUGUCCAUCCCUGAGAACCCUUGGGAGUUCACUACAUCUGAGACUCAGAUUUCUAAUGUCCCAAGAGAAUCCUUUCCUUUUCAACCUUUGCCAGGAAACAAUAUAUCUGAGUCUCCCCAUGUUUCUUUAAGGGAACUCUUCGUUGCUGAAAUUUCUUCCAAUGAGAUCCCACAGACCCAAGACCCUAAAUUUGAGUACCUUCCAAAGGACUCCCUCUCAGGCCCUUCAGCCCAGGUUCACAUGGACACAUAUACAAAGCAGGAGGAAAAGACAGGAAAGGACAACCAGAAAGUGGACACCAGUGAAAUCACCACCCACACAGCCUUGCCUGAACCCCAUCUGAGCAAGAAGGGGAAGAAAAGAGUUAGCUAUCGUGCAAGUCAUCCAGAGGUCCUUGCUAAGCAGGCAGAGCUGGUGGAAAUGGCUAAGGCAAUGCACAGAGAACAAUUCAGGGCUCCGUCGAACAAUCUUUUCCAGUGGGAGAAACAGGCAGCCCUAAAGGCCAUCCAAACAGGACUCUACAUUGGCUGGCGCUGCCCCCAUUACCUGUGGGACUGUUUCCAGAUUGGAAACAAAUCCAAGUGCUUUUGUGGACACUUGCUGAAACAGCACCAGAUCGCCUCUGACAUCUCAGUGCCCUGCAGCGUGAGCCAGUGCCGGUGCCUCAUGUUCUGCUUCAUCCCAUCACGUCCAGAGGAGGUGGGUGAGUUCUGGCUCAAGAGACGGUCCACCUUCAACCCCAUAGCCUGGAGAGCUCAGUGCCGCUGUAAACACAGCCAUGAAGAGCAUGCAGCCACUGGAGCCCAUCCCUGCCGACAUCGUGGCUGUUGCUGCAGCUUUUUUGAGUCUAAUUUCCUCUGUGCGGCCUGUGACCGGCGCUGGGAGGAACAUGAGACUUUCUUUGAGACUGAGGAGACCCGGAGACGAGGAGGGAGGCCUCAUGGAGCAGAUUAUGAGCCUUUUGCAGAGAUGAAUAUCCUCCAAGAAGCCGAUCUCAACAACUCUGACCUUGAGGCCAUCCAGAGCCAGAGACUGUCUAGUAGCCUCAGUUCCCACCCUAGAUCCCCUGUAUUCCCUGGCCCAAGCAGCCUCCAGUAUGACCCCACACCUGACUCCCAUACCUGACCUUUUUACCUCUGCUUUUCCCUCCUCCAAGAAUAUACACUAUCAACAACUGGCGUAGGCCUUUCUGAGCCUGGCCUAGGUCAGCAAUAAAGAAAAGUCAAUAGAUUCUGACUUGGCUGUGUGUGGGGCAGGUAGAGCCAAAAUCCAACUUAGGUUCAGCACUUACUGCAGGCAAGAGAUGACACUAAGCAGGAGACAGGAUAGAUCUACCCAUUUGCCUCUAUCACAGCUACAGUUGAGACUGGCUUUAAGAAGGAGGAGGCCAUCCCAAGAAGGAUAGACUAGACAGUCAUUUCAGAUGUAUCCGGGGCUCCCAUAAGGUAAACACUUUGUGAGGCUGGGGAGAUGGUUCAGUGGUUAAAGGCAUCUGCUGCCUGGAGUUCAAUUCCCCAGUACCUACAUAAAGCCAGACACAAAGUGGCACAUGCAUCUGGAGCUCAUUUACUGUUGCUAGAGGCCCUGGCAUGCCAUUCUGUUUUUAAAAAGAUAAAGACUUUGUAAUCAAGUAGAUUUCAGAGUGUAGUUUCCUACUGAUGCACUAAGAAAAGAAAAAAAAAAAGGCUGAAGAGAUGGCUUAGCCAUUA